AUGGCGCUGUCGCAGGGCGACCUGCUGCGCAGCCAGAAGAAGCUGGAUGAGCGCGGCAAGCAGAACCUGGAGAGGGCGCGGCAGAAGGCGGAGAAGGAGCGGCUGGUGGCGGAGCGGGCGGCGGCGCGGCAGGCGGCGCGCGAGGAAGAGGCACGGCAGAAGCGCCUGGCGCAGCUGGCCGCCGAGGAGGAGGAGCGACGCCAGCAUGCCGAGGAGGUGGAGGCCAACCUGGGCGUGUUUUUCCGAGCAGAACUUGUGGCGGUGCCGGCCCCAGAGUCGAUCGCAGCUGACAAGGGCAUCAAGCGGGCGGCAGACAAGAUCCUGCUGCCGCCCUCAGCGGGAGCCAGCCUGAUGAGCCAGGAUGCCUACAAGAACGGACCCAUGUUCUUCCAGCUCACCAAUGCAGCCGGCAACCGCACGCACGCCGGGCUGCUGGAGUUCUCUGCGGCAGAGGGCUUUGUGGCGCUGCCCCGCAAGGUCAUCUGCAGCCUGUGGGGCCCCGAUGCAACAGAGGAGCACUGCGUGGGCAGGCUCAGGGUCGCAUACCGGCGGCUGCCGAAGGGCGAGCGGGCGGUGUUCCAGCCCCGCUCCGCUUCUUUCCAACAGGAGGUCGGCGAGGACAUCCGGGGCGUGCUGGAGGGCGCGCUGCUGCAGCACUCGUGCCUGACGCGGGGCGACUGGCUGGCGGUACCGCACGGCGGCCAGCGGUACGAUCUCCGCAUCUGCGACCUGCACCCAGAGGCGGCGGUGUCUGUGAUUGACACCGACCUGGAGGCGGAGAUCAAUCCUUCCAUAGAGACGGAGGAGAGGAUUCGGGAGGAGUAUGAGGCGGCGACGCGGCGAGCGGCCGAGGCCGCGCUCGCGGCGGCGGCUGCGGUGGCGGAGGCCGAGGCUGAGGCGGCGGCGCAAGAGGAGGAGCGGCUGCGGCGGGAGGCGCUGCGGCGGGCCAAGGAGGCGGCGCUGCCGGCGGAGCCGUCGCCUGGCGCCGCCGAGCCCUGCGCUGCAUGCCUCUUCCGCUUCCCGGAUGGCAGCAGGCACAGCCGCCGCUUCCCGCUGGACAGCCCGCUGCAGCUGCUGUUUGACUUUGUGGACUCGAAAGGAGCCAGCGGCAUGCUGCCAGGCAGGUACAGCUUGGUGACGCAGUACCCGCGGCGAGUCUUCCUGCCCUCCCUGGCGGAGGCAGGCGCCGAGGCAGCAGCGGCAGAGCGGCAACUCACGCUGCAUUCUGCGGGGCUGACAGGACCGCGGGAGGUGCUGUUCCUGGAGCAGCAGCACCAGCUGCAGCAGCAGCCGGGGAUCGGCGAUGCAGCCGGUGGCGGCAGCUAGCGAGCCCGGGGCACCUCCCAAAGUCUGCCCGCCUGCGCACUUGUGUUGUAUCAAAGUUACACCUGUACAAUCAGGCAGCUGUAAAACAGAUCAAAUG